GUCUCACUUCAAAGGAAAACAUUUUUUGAGACGACAGAAACUUUUGAAAUUGCUAGAAAAAUAGGAAAAUCAUAUAGGAUGGAGCGCAAAAUGGCGCACAACUUGUCCCGCGGGGAGCAGAGGAGCAAGGAUGUGGAGCCUGGCCAGGUGAAAACCUUUGCGGAACUGCGUCUGUCGCCAAAGCUACUAAGGGGAUUGAAGCGCCACAAUUUUGUGACGCCAACGAAGAUUCAGGCGGCUGCCAUACCCAUGGCACUGAGUGAUAUGGAUCUGCUGGUACAGUCCAAAAGCGGAACCGGCAAGACGCUGAUCUAUGUUAUAGCCGCCAUGCAGGGCUAUCGCGGUGGUAUGACACGACCUCAUGCCUUGAUAGUGGUUCCAACUCGAGAGCUGGCCAUUCAGGUGCAGGACACCUUUUUUUAUCUGUGCGAAUUCUUCAAGGACUUUCAAUCGGCGGCCUGUAUCGGCGGCACUGAUGUGAGCACCGAUCGCAGGCACAUCAAGAAAAGCCGUGUUAUCAUUGGAACACCAGGACGUCUAUGGCAUCUCUAUCAAAAUCGCGUUCUGGAUGUCUCCAAGCUGGCUCUUCUUGUCCUCGACGAGGCGGAUCAGUUGUAUCAGACGAAGAGCCUUCAGGAGACAGUCACUCAAAUCAUACAAGUUCUGCCCAAGAACCGCCAAAUAAUUGCCUGCAGUGCCACCUACGAUCAGGAUUUAGAUGAGCGUCUGGCCAAGAUCAUGAACAACCCCAUGCUUAUAUCAAAUUCCGAAAGGGCCACUGUUCUUCUGGGUAUCCGUCAGUUUGUCUACGAGUUGCCACCGCAACGUAAUAGUGCAGAGGAGAUGAAAGCUAAAUUGCAGGUCCUUGGCCAGAUCUUUAACCAAUUGCCCUACGAACAGGCCGUCCUCUUUGCCAACUCCCAAAUGCGAGCGGAUUCGUAUAGUAACUACCUGACAGCCAGUGGUGUCGAGUGCCAUUUGAUCUCAGGAGCCAUGAAACAAUCGGAGCGCUUGAAUGCCUUCGAGGGCUAUAGAAACUUCACCAUGCGCACUUUGGUGGUCACCGACUUGAUGGCACGCGGUGUGGACUCGCAAUUUGCCAAUCUGGUUGUAAAUCUCGAUCCGCCAGAUAGUCAUGUAACCUAUCUGCAUCGCAUUGGUCGUGCCGGUAGAUUUGGAUCAAAAGGUAUAGCCAUCACGUUAAUUGCCUCCGCGAAGGAGAGCCAGAGAUUCAAGGAAAUGACCCGAAAAGUCGCAACUGCUUGGUCUGUUCUGGAGUUUCCCAAAGAACAAAUGCCAAAGGAUUUCAGUUUCUGGGAUUUCGAUAAGUACAAUUUUGAGUAUUUCAUAAAGGAAGACAAUCCGCUACAGGAAAUGCCUACGAAGCGCAUACCACCUAUAAAAGAUAAUCCAAACAAUGAGGACUCGGGUGAAGAUCUUGACAAACCUGAUGUUUCUCCCAAAAAACUUCCAGAGGCCUUAGGAAAUUGUCAAAAGAAGGAGGAUGCCAUUAAGACAACUCAAGUUAGUCCAAAAAAUAUUUCAGAGGCCUUAGAAAAUGUUAAAGAUAAUAACCAAAAGGAUAAGCCCAAUACCAUAUCUAACAAGGAAAAACUGGACUUAGAAAACUUACCAAGUACUUCACAAAAGAAUAAGAAACCAAAUAUCAAAGAACUAAAACAAGUCGAAAAGAAAAUUAUAAAGAACAAGAGCAUUUCCCCGACUGAGGAAAAAGCCUUGAAAGAUACUGCAUUGAAUAAGCAGGAAAAAUCCAAUAAAACUCUUAGUCCAUCCAAGUUAUUUGUAGAUGCUUUAACACAGAUUGAGAAGCAAACAACAGAAAAUAUCGAAAUGCAGUUGACACCAGUAAUCACAGUAAAUGAAUAUUAUAUUGACAACUACUUAGAUGAAGGCAUAAAACCGACAGACGACAAAGAGAAUCAACCCGAUAAUGGAACAGACUCUCAACUGCAGACAAAUAACACCUUGAACCCGGAGGAGAUGAUUUCGCCGGAACUGACACCAACCCUGACCCAGGAACCGUCUCCAACCACAGUGACACCGCCGGCACCACCAGUCAACUCAAUUAACAACAAGACCUACUGUCUGGCUGCCCCCACACAGACCAGUUCGAUGACCAUACAGAACAUGGUGAUCUCAAACACGGUGGACGAUGCCAGUAGCAUUAGUUCGGACAGCAUGGGAUGUGGCUAUCACAGUGAUAAGUCCUACGACACCUUCUAUACAACAAGUGAUGAGGAGCUGAUCUGGGAGAGAUUGGAGACCAAAAAGAAGCGCCUGGUGAAGAGGGGCAAGGGAAAUCGUCGUCUGUUUCUCUACAAAAAAGCACUUCCUGAAAGAAAUGUAAACCUUAAGGAUAAACGUAAAUUUAAACUAAAGAAAAUGGUUGAGCAGAACAAAUUAUCACUUUUGCCUGGUACGAAUCUAAGUCAUAUGCUCAAAAAAGUUAAAAAUCGUGAGAGAGUGUUGCAAAUGCUGUACGACUACAGCAAGAAAAACAAUUUGAAUAAUGCAAAUGUUGCAAAAUUGCUGGAUAAUUUCUAUGCCACCAUGCUCGAACUUUACAAUGACAAUAUUAAGGAGCGCAACAAGCAAGUUUUAGAGUCUCUUAAGGACGACUUGGUGUCCCUUGGGCGUACUCCAAGCCAGGUAUCUUUGAUAUUUGAAAAAUUAGAGCCGCAGAACAAGCUGAGUGUUCAUGUGACCCAUCAGAUGAACAUUCCACCAGUGCCACAAGCCGCCAAUGAUAUCCGCAUUGAAAGCGAACCGGAAUCGGAGUCCACUGAUGAGUAUGACGAAGGUGAAGAGGUCUAUAUGGACGAGGAGGAAUCAUUGAGCGACGAACACAAUUCAUCGAGUGGUUUUGUGGAGAGCAACGAGAGUGCUUCCUCCGGAAUUGAUACCUCAGUUUACGAAACUGAGUCUACUGGCAGAUCGGACAAUGAUUCAACCUCCGUUUUCACAGAAGAUGAGUCUGGGAGUGAGGAAGAUGAUAGCUAUGAUUCCACCGAAGAAGAGGAUGAAUCCGCAGAAGAAGAGGAAGCUCUAAGCAACAUCAGCGUGGCUGGAUCAAGCAUUCAGGGAUCUGUGGGAGAAGGAAACACCGCUGAGCCUUCGGUAGAUGAUUCGAAUGAUAAUUCCGAUGAUGAUUCUGUAACCGUGACCAACGUCAUUCCCGUGCAGAACGUCACCAACAAUGCCCAAUCUCUGUGGCAGCAGACAUUCAACAUGCAGUAUGAAUUCAUUGCAUCCCAUGUGGCCAACUACCUUCAAAACUUCUUCUAAAUUGCUAUGGAAGCAAAACUAGUCGGAACUCAGGCUGUAUAAUUAACUAAUCACUUUAUUCACAAACGAAACGGAUCAGUUCCAAGAGGCUGUAUCAGUCUCUCUCUUUUUACAUCUUUAUAUAGUAGCCUGUUAAAACUUUUUUUCAUUUGAAUACUCAAUAUCAAGAUAGUUGAUACCAUGUUAUGGACUUUGGAACGCGAACGGGGAAUGUUUUGUAUGCAAACAAUAAAUUGCAGACUUUGUUACCAAAAAUAAAUGAAUUAAAACAU